CCACGGUUCAACUAUCGUAGUACCUGAAGUUGUGUCCUAUACAACUACCUGCCCCCAACACGUGAUGGAGCACGACUUGAUACCACUCUGACAAGCAAGUCCUAAUUAGGGAUAGAGCCACGACAUGGCCGUAUCUUCUGGUCGGAGAUAUUGCCGGCAAGCUUCAUGAUGGUCGUCCUUAGCCUCCACCAUCGGCAACAGUGUCUGAGCUAGCGAUCAUGCAUCCCUUCAUUUUCACCUAUUGAUUGUCUUAGACUUUUCUUCCCCGAGAGACUGAAAUGAUAAUGCAAUGCACGUCCUUCCCUUUCCUCUCUCCACGAGACUUUGACAUUGCCUGUGAAGAAUUUGCCAAACGAACAAAUGUAUCAACCCCUGCCAAGGGUGAUUGGACGGAUAUAAGUCUCAAGCAUGAGGCUGGACACACCUACCUAGCUAUAGCAACUCGAUGUGGCCACGUCGACAGCCAAGCUGCUGAGCUGGGCAAUUUGAGCAACGACGAACCUAUCGAGAGUUUUGAUGAAAUAGAGGAAAUACAUGACGACCACGAUGAGGUAUCGUCGUAACAAUAUAUGCAUUACACGAAGCACUUCUUUGGAAUAACACUCCUCUACAGGAGGCUUUAAGACGAACGUGUACUGGGGAGCAUGGCAUUUCUGCCGAGUACAACAUACUAUUCUCUCCGACUUAUCAAGUCCCGGUCUUGUACUUU